AGAAGACAAUUGCAGCUUGCCAACCCAACUAAAGAGUUGUCUGUCCACUUUCAUGAUCCGCUUUCCUCCUGUCGCUCUUGGUUGUUCCUGUUUACGCCUCUUUAUUUCCUCAACAUUCUACUAUAUUGAAUUCAGUCCUCUCCACGUGCGCAUCUCCGCAGCUUCUAGCGCCGACUCCAUUGAUCUGACCGCAAACCGCAAAAAACAACACUUACAAGCCUGGGGAAGAAGGUCGGGGCGCACAUAUUCGCGGCCUAUGACGUUGGGCUAAGACUCGAAGGAGCCAUUCAUGGGCGCGUGCUACCUCUACCGUUGGGCUUGCGUGCGGAGAGUGAACCGUACACAAACGACCACUAUCACCAUCAGUUCCAGCCAUCAUCAUCGUCAUCGUCAUCCUUCUUCUUUUACCUCCUCCUCCUCCUCCUCCACCUGCGGCUGCUCCUGAUUAAUGGCUGCAUUCGAUCCUCCCUGGCUUUCGCACAUGUCCGCCCCUCAACCCCAGCGCAGCGGCGAUGCGCUGAACUCUCACCCAUCCACCCCUUCGAACCAGCCGAAAGGCAUCAUAUACUCGAACGAUGGCGCCGCGAGCAGUCCGAACCCGACCCAUGCCUCCUUUUCGCCCGCCACCCUGAGCUCGACCGCACCCAGCGCAACCUCCGCCGCCAAGAGGAGGAGCACUAUCCUCGUACACCAAAAGUCGCCGCUCCUCCUCGCGACACCACCCCAGAUUACACGCGCUUUGGCUUACAGCCAUCCGUUCCUCCUGCCCUUGAAUAAGCUUGCCGGUCUGAUAACAUGGACGACUCGCGAUCCGUGGGAGAGCUUCCUGAUGGUCGCCGUCUUUUGGGCUGCGGUCCUAUAUGGUGACAUCAUUGUGCGUGUCGCUGGGCCCGUCGUGCUUGUACUGAUCCUGAUCGGAGGCAUGUACGGCAGGCGCUAUAGCCCGCUGAGCAGCAGUGGUUGGACCGAGCCAGGCGUGGCGGCUGGAGACAUGGCGGCGCUAGCUGGGGCAGAUGGAAAAGGGAGUGUUAGGGGCAAGAAGGCUCCCAAGAGUAAGAACCUUUCGGUCGACGGGCUUCCGGACAACAAGAAUGGCAAGGCCAAUGGCGGGCUCAGUGGUGGCGUGGGCGCGGGCGCUGGAGGAGGCGGACACCUGAGGAACCAAGGGUCGGUAUCCGAAGUGACCAACACGCGACACCAGAAGACGUUGGACGAGAUUGUCGAGACACUUAAGGAGUUCACGGCGCGCUGCAACAUUCUCCUGGAACCCAUGCUGGAACUUACGGAUUUCCUUAGCACUCAACGAACACCUACAUCGGCCACUACGAAACCCGCGCUGACGACACUCUUCAUCCGAAUCCUUCUCUGUACCCCGUUCUGGUUCGCCCUGACGCUACCACCCUUCCGUCUGAUCACUACUCGCCGGGUUAUCAUGAUCUUCGGUACUCUCAUCCUAACGUGGCAUUCCCGUAUCAUGCGGGUAUCUCGCGCCAUUCUGUGGCGCAGCGCUUCCAUUCGCAGGUUUUUGGAAUUGGUUACUGGCUUGCAGUUCGAAAAGCCCGUCAAGGUGUCUGUUGCCGAAAAGAAUGGGGUUGCCUCAUCCGCAGCAUCCACUGCUAGCGGCAGUUCAGCGAACAAGAAGACCUUUGCCAACACCAAGAGUUCAAAGGCGUACAACUCGCAGGAGUCGGAGCUUACCAAGGCCCUUCGGCGUGCCCGCGGCGGACACGAUACAGGCGUGCGUUUUACAUUCAUCAUCUACGAGAACCAGCGUCGGUGGGUCGGUCUGGGAUGGACUACUAGUUUGUUUGCGUAUGAAAGGCCAGCAUGGACCGACGAACAUAACAAUGCAGUUCCACCGCGAGACCAGUUUGAGUUACCGGAGGUCGAGGAUGGUAGCAACAUGCGCUGGCGCUGGGUCGAGGGAUCGAGGUGGCGGGUCGAUGGAGUACCCGACGAGGCUGUUAUGCCUGGAGAAGAUGCGGAUGGAAAGGAGUGGGAUUAUGACAGCCCUGGAGGACGUAUGGGCUGGGUUUAUUAUGACAACAAGUGGCAAAAUGGCCGCCGAGGACAAGAUGGCUGGGGCCGCUGGACAAGAAGGAGAAAGUGGUACCGCGAUGCCGAGCUUGUGGAAGCAGACGAUGCCCUUAUCGAAGAAUUGGCAGAGGAUGCGAUGGUCGAUCAACAGGGGAAUAACCUUACUGUGGACGGAUCCGCCAACGGCAACUCCAGUACCGAUUCAGUUACACCAACCGCAACCCCGGCGCCCGGACCUGGGAUAGGUGCCCGGGCACAACCCCGAUCGUUGCUCUCGGAUCAACUAGCCGCUUCGGGCGAGAUCGCUUCACCAUCUACCACCGUCCCUAGAAAGGCGUCGAUAAAGCUGAAGAAAACACCCGAAAGCGCGGCCGACAGCCUAGCAAGGAUACAAGCGCAGGAUAUGACGAAAAGCAGGAUGGAUAUGAAGGAUAAACUUCGAAAAGACAAAGACGCAGAAACAGAAGGAGGAGACGAUGCCGAUUCGGUGGUUUCCGCGUCAAGUACUAGUAGGUCCCACAGAUUCUCUAGUGCUUUAUUCGGUAAGUCGCCGACCAGCGGUGCUUCCAGCGCUGUUACCAUCCGGGGUGGUGGUGGCGGUUCUUCUUCCAGAGGACAGCAAAGACGAAACUUCACCGACUCUACCACUUCCGCCGCCACCACCGGCAGCCCGUCAGCAAGUUCCUCCGGUGGCGGCGGCGGUUAUGCAGGUGGUGGUCGCGGACAAAGCCCCAGUACCACGCCCUCCCCCUUCUCCCACUCUUUAUCCGUUCCAAGUCAGAGUCAGAGUCGUAGUAGCAGCACCAGUCGAAAACCGAUUUCAAAUAACAGUGGUAAUAACAAUUUUUACGCGAGGAGUAGGAGGUCGAGUCACAGCAACACCGUAAUAAGCAAUACGGCAGCAACAACAACAACAACAACGGCAAGAGGAUCAUCACCAACGCCGCAAUCCAUCCUGAUGGCGGCAAAGACCAACGAGGAGGAUGAGGUGGCGUCGUCGUUUGGCACGCAAACCAGGUUGGCGUUGCAGGAUGCUGGGAAAGAUGCAGGUAGUUGGGGGUUUGGUGAUGAGGUUAGGAUGGGGUUGGAGUGAUGAUGAUGAUGAUGACAGAUAUACCUACUGCUAUAUACAUAUCGGGAUUACGAAGGAAAUGGAUGGCCUAGGCUAGACUAUUGGAGACGGGAUACCCAGGGACGGGACGGGACGGGGAUUGGAUGGGACUGGGAGACUGGAUGGAUGGGAUGUACAUGUCUCUUAAGGACGAGAACAGAUCGAACACAAAGAAGAUUGAACAAGGUUGGAUGGAUUGUUUAGUUUCCGCUGUGGCUUGAACACUUUCUUAACCGGAGAUUUCAUUUUUACUCCGCUCAGCAUGGUGGCCGCAUCUCGGUCAUCCCCCGUUGAUGGCACUGCCGGAGCGGUUGUCAGUUGAAUCCAUCACCAAUUCUUGGCAUGUCUUGGCAUUUGUAUAAAACCAAAACCCAACUCAGUCACUUCUCAAUUGCAACAGGAAAGCUCCUGUUCUUUGCCG